AUGGAUUGGAGCCCUAAUGUCUCUCAGUGUGUUCACCGAAUGGAAGAAGGAGGGCCACUUAAGAGAUACUUAAACAGCACUGAGGACUACCUUUUCUUUUUAUAUGGACCAAAGCGGAGCCACCUGUUCCUGCCCAUGACUUGGAUUUAUGCUUUGAUUUUCCUAGUCGGAGUGUCUGGCAACCUUUUAGUGUGUCUGGUAAUUCUCAAGCAUAGGAACAUGAAAACUCCUACGAACUACUAUCUUUUCAGCCUGGCUAUUUCAGAUUUGCUGGUAUUGCUCUUUGGGAUGCCCUUGGAAGUCUAUGAAAUGUGGAGCAACUACCCCUUCUUGUUUGGACUGGUUGGGUGCUAUUUCAAGACAGGACUCUUUGAGACGGUGUGCUUUGCUUCCAUCCUGAAUGUCACCACAGUCAGCAUAGAGAGAUACGUGGCCAUCCUUCACCCAUUCCAAGCCAAACUGAAAAGCACACGGCGUCGGGCUCUGAGGAUCAUCGUUGCCCUCUGGCUCCUGUCUGUCCUCUUUUCUCUUCCCAACACCAGCAUCCACGGCAUUGUGCUGCAGUAUUUUCCAAAUCACACAGAAGUCCCUGGUUCUGCAACAUGUGCUGUGGUCAAGCCCAUGUGGAUCUACAACUGUAUAAUCCAGUUAACUUCUUUCCUCUUUUAUGUACUUCCCAUGGGUGUCAUCAGUGUGCUGUACUGCCUAAUGGGGCUGAAACUGAGAGGAGACCGUUCCUUGGAAGCAGAUGAAAUGGGGAUUAAUGUUAAAAGACCAUCUAGAAAGUCCGUCACUAAAAUGCUAUUCAUCCUAGUCAUCGUUUUUGGGAUAUGCUGGGCUCCAUUCCACACAGACCGGCUAUUCUACAGCUUCGUCGUAAACUGGACAGAAUCUCUUGCCAAUAUAUUCAACUUGAUCCAUGUGGUGUCAGGUGUUUUCUUCUAUUUGAGUUCCGCUGUGAAUCCCAUCAUCUACAACUUGCUGUCCAGGCGUUUCCGGAUGGCUUUCCUGAGUGUCAUUUUUCCUCAGUGCAAACACUGGCACCCCAGACAUGCUACCAGCCACCCCCCAUGCCAGCGCAGCGUCUUCAUGUUAGGGGAACGCAACACAGUGGGGUCUGCAGAAGAGAGAAGCCCCCCAUUUAUGUGUAGGUCAUCCAUCUACAGUUCCCACCUGUCUAGUGGCUUGUAA